AUGCCGAAGCUAGAGCCAGGAAAGUAUUUGGCCAUGGAUUGUGAAUUUGUUGGUAUUGGCAAAGAUGGAGAGCAUAACGCACUUGCACGGGUAUCAAUUGUUAACUUUUUUGGACAUGUGAUAAUGGACGAAUAUGUACGACCAAAAGCAAGAGUAACAGAUUUUCGAACUUCAAUUUCAGGCGUGGCACCGUGGCAUUUAAAAGAUGCCACCCCUUUUGAUGAUGUACAAAAGAAAGUUAGUGCUUUAAUCAAAGAUCGAAUUCUUGUUGGGCAUGCCAUAGCCAAUGACCUUGAAUGUUUGCAACUAAGUCAUCCAAGAAGAAUGUUGAGAGAUACUGUAUCGUGUUCCGAAUAUAGAAAAGUAGCUGGAGGUAGAUCACCUAGUUUGAGGAAAUUAAUGCAACAUUUUUUCAAAAUAAAUAUACAGGAUGGUGAACAUAGCUCUGUUGAAGAUGCACGAGCGACAAUGCUUUUAUUCAGGCGUGCAAAGGAUGAUAUAGAGAGGAACAUGGAAAGAAGAAACUGA